UCAUCGCCCUUCCGUCAGUCGGUGGUAGGGAAAAGGCAAUUGGACUCAGCCCCUCGUUUGGUCGCCACGCGUCCCCGAACAGACCAACCCACCUUUUCUGAUGCCAGCGCUUUGUCACCCGUCCCUGAGUUCUCGGCAGUUUCGCCCCACGUCCACGUUCUCAACUUCGACACUCUCAACGACGCCUCCGAUGACAAUGUGUCCGACUCUCUUAGUCUACCCUGUCAUGAAUCUUCUCCUGUCACGACGCCACUCACAUUUUCCCCCAACAAUGAUGAUAUCUUCGCGGUGCAGACACCCACCAAGUCUAUCAGCGAGUCUGACCAGCAAUCGUUUCAUCUGAUCAGUCCACCGUCUGGUUUUGGCUACCUCGGUGGUGCAAGUACCUCCAACUUGAGUGGUUUUAUGCAACCUCGGAGGCUAUUUUGUUCCAAUGGACCGCUAGAAAGAAAGCCAUCUUCUCCAAUGGAUCCAAAUUUUACCGCCGUCCCUUCAUUUCCUCCGAAAAUCUUCAUGUCUGACGCAGAGAGAUCAGCGAUCUCUCUCAAUCAAAACUUGUCCAAGAAGUCCCUCCUACCAGCUGUGUCGUCUGUUGAAACUCAACUACAGCCUCCUAAAGCCUCUAACAGCGACUCAAUUGCACUUUCAAUGGCCAAAAUCACUGUUUGGAAUCGAAUGGCGGCCUCUGCUAAGGCUACUUCGUCUACAAAACCGACACAGCCCCCUGUGGAUCCCUCGAAACGCCGACUGGGGUUUCCGCGCCAUGCCACCUCCACUCUGCGCCAGAGCUUGCCCUUUCCUGUGCAGAAUCAACCUCAGCUCUCCAUACGGCGCAUUCUGCAAAUAGGGUUCGAGGUGAGUUCAUGA